UACGAAAAAUAUAUAUAUAUUUGUUUUUAAAAGUAAUUUAAUCUAAUUUGUUUAUUAAGUAAAAUAUUAGUGUAUGUAAUUAUAAAUUUGAAAACAAGAUUAUUUGUAUAAUUGGCAACACUGUAACACUUAAUUUGUUGACAGCGUAUUUCACAUCGUAUUUCAACACGUGGUCUGUAACUUUUAACAUGGAAGUUAUAGUCGGAACUUAUGAGCACUAUCUGUUAGGCUAUAAAUUAAUAAAAGAAAAACAGGAUUAUAAAUUACAACAAACAUUUGCUUGUCAAGCACAUAUUGGACCUAUUCGUUGUAUAGCAACUUCGCAUAAAUUUUUAGUUUCGGGAGGUAUUGAUGAAACUAUUCAGAUAUUCAAUUUAAAAACAAAAAAGGAAAUUGGAAACAUAGUUCAACAUAGUGGAACAAUUACCUGCUUGAGUUUUUUCAAGGAUUCUCAUUUAUUCAGUAGUAGUGAAGAUGGGACAAUAUGUGUCUGGUCUUCUUCAAAUUGGAAAUGUCUUAAGACAUUAAAGGGACAUAAGUAAGUUUUAAAUUUGUUGAAAUAUUUUUAUUAAUUAUUUAUUAAAUAUUUAUUUAGGUAUCCUUCAUUAUUUUUAAAUUAAAAUUUAA